CCAGCAGUUAUGCACACAGAGUGUGUUUACUUUUGAGGUCAUAUUGGACCGUACAGAAAUUAUACUUGCCAGUUUAUUUAACUUAGGAAGUCAGGGUUUAUAACACGUUAGGCUUUCAUUUUUGAGUCACUAAAAUUGCAAGGCAAUACGCAUGUAGCCAUUGAUAUUUUGUUCUGCUGUAUAUACUUGAAAGACUUUUAAAAGAAUCUUCUGUUUCUGUAGUCGAAUGACGCGUACAAUUCUACGACAUGCCGGAAACUAGUUGUUGAUGUUUAUAUUAGAUAUAGAAAUGCGACUCCGUAAAGUUAUACUUAUCGUUCGACAUGGUACCAGAACACCUUGCUUUGCUGGAGAUACUCUUGAUGGAAGGGUGUUUCCCACAGAGCUUACAGAUCUACCCGAAAGUUCUGUAUCUACGAAAAGAACAGGUCUCGGUGGUAUUGAACCCCCGUUUAGCACCAGAGACGAAAGUUACAAAAAUAUGAAGACUUUAAUCGGUGGUGAAUGUGGGUUCGGUCAACUAACGCGAAAGGGUGCGACUGACCAAUACAACCUGGGCUUAAAAUUAAGAGGGAACUACGGCAAGGGGGACAGCGCUUUGGUAAAGCCAGAGUAUGACCCGUCGGAUAUCAUUGUUCGUUCGACUAAUAUUAAAAGAACUGUGGAUUCUGCCAAAUAUAUUUUAGCAGGUCUUUAUGAAGGUCAGAAAAGGAACCCCACUAUACCGAUUUACGUGACUGAAGAUAUAGAAAAGAAUGAAGGUGAUAUCAUAGAAACGAAAAUCGAUUUUAUUAUUGAAAGAACAGAACAUCUUAUAAAAGAUUCCAAGCAUUUACCUGGACAAAAUGAAUUGGCCAGAGAGCUUACUCGGUUAUUAAAAUCCAAGGAGACGAACAUGUACGUUAUGGUUGAUAAUUUAUUGACACUUGACCACCUGGGAAUCCCUUUAUCAAUACCAGAUGAAACUUGGAAAAGGGUUAAGGAUUGGUCGUUCAAAAUCAGCAGUUUGUGCACACUUGGGCGAAAGGAGGAAAGAUUGGAGCUUCUCCCUCUCUUAUGCGGGACUCUAAUUGACGAUUUUCUCCACAAGUUAGAACUCCCAAUGGAUGAAACACCAAACAUGUAUUUAUACUCUGGACACGAUGCUACAUUGAUGAGAAUCCUGACGGCACUUAGAAUUGAAAUUCAUUCUGUCCCGUCCCCAAGCUCGGUUGUUGCUAUUGAGAUAUAUCAAGAUGACACGAACAUGCAAACUUACGCAAAAGUUUUGUACAAUUGGAUGGAACAAUUAAUACGGGGAGGAAAAGUCAGCCUUAUAACGUUUAAACAUUUUAAAGACGUACUUUCGCCAUAUCGUAUGAGCCUCAAGCGUUUUAAAUCAAUUUGCGAUUCCAAAAGGUAAUUGCAAACUUUAAAACUGUUAAGCCUGUACACCACGGCCUUUAGGGCCUACUAUAGAAACAUCUCUGGUCAUAGCUACACGUUUAGUACUGUGGGGUAAAAUGGUACACCUUGAGCACUUAAUAUCCAAAUAUCCUGAUCCACGGCCUACUAGAGAUAUCUCUAGUAGGCCGUGCCUGAUCGUGUUUUAAAUAAUUAACAACGGUCUAUUGGAGUCGUGAGGAUACGGUUUUAUAAUUCUUGAAUGUUCUUUGUUUACUUUAGCAAAUGAGAUAUAGGAAA